ACACCCACCCACCAUCAUCGUCACCAACCGCCUCACUAAUACGCUAAAUUUUAUUCUAGAUUUCAGACGAAAAAUCGAAUCGAAUCAACAACAAGAAGAAGAAGAAAGAUGAUGAGAAUAGUAGAGAUUCCGUGCUUAGAAGACAACUACUCUUACCUGAUAAUUGAUGAGACAUCUAAAGAAGCAGCAGUGGUGGAUCCAGUUGAACCUGAUAAGAUUGUUGAUUUAGCCCAACAACAAGGUCUCCUUCUUAAAAUGGUCCUCACCACUCACCACCACUGGGAUCACGCUGGUGGGAAUGAUAAGAUCAAGCAGAUGAUCCCUGGUAUUAAGGUCUAUGGUGGUUCCACUGACAAUGUUAGGGGAUGUACCCAUAAACUUGACAACCGUGACAGGCUUUCCCUUGGAACACAUAUCAGCAUCACCGCACUCCACACACCUUGCCACACCAAAGGUCAUAUUAGUUACUAUGUAACGGGCAAAGACGAAGACGUCCCAGCUGUUUUCACUGGGGAUACAUUGUUUGUUGCUGGUUGUGGGAAAUUUUUUGAGGGCACAGCUGAACAGAUGUAUCAGUCGCUGUGUGUUACACUGGGAGCAUUACCAAAGCCCACUAAAGUUUAUUGUGGCCAUGAGUACACGGUGAAGAAUUUGCAGUUCGCCCUUACCAUUGAACCAAACAAUGAGCGGAUUACACAGAAACUAUCCUGGGCGCAGCGUCAACGACAAAUGAAUCAACCCACUGUACCUUCGACAAUUGAGGAAGAGUUGGAGACCAACCCAUUCAUGCGAGUGGAAUCACCACUUCAGCAGGCAAGUGUGGGUUGUGAUUCGCCUGUAGAAACUUUGCGUGAAAUAAGGACACGAAAGGACAACUGGAGAGGCUGAUUGAAGACCGCCAAGUAUACCCAUCUUGUUAGUAUAUGAUGCACUUUCCACCUCAGUUGUGUAUGUACCUAACACUGGAUUGCUUGUUUACUCUUCCCUGUUGGAUCAGAAUUGCAAAUGCUUGAGCCUAUAAUAAAAAGUAUGAUGUCUGUGCCUGUGCCUGCAAAAAUUUAUCACCUAUAUACGCAUGGUAUUACUUAGAUGUUCUAAAUGUGUAUGCACUAAAAUACAGUUGCUUCUUGAUAGCUCUAGUAUUGCAUCGACUAAACGACAUUUUCUUUCCAAAACUCAAUUUUGAUGGAAAUUUGAAAUUUCAUAGCAAGGAACUUAUUUUUCCUUUUGCA